CCUGUUGCAGUGAUUGUAGCCUGACGCUUCAUGCUAACAGGUGGGAAUAUGUCUGCUUCUCUCAGAGGGUUGAAACGCCGUUUUUCGGCUCUCUGCCCGGUGGGUUUUACUUCACAGCUUCGGAGGAAUCCGCCGGUGAGAUGUGCGGAGGGAGGUCGGCGGCUGUCAGACACACAAACAGCAGGAGGAAACCUUCGACCACUGGAGGGUGUCACAGUGUUAGACCUGACAAGAGUUCUGGCUGGUCCCUUUGCCACUAUGAUCCUGGGAGAUCUGGGAGCUGAGGUGAUCAAAGUGGAGCGACCAGGUGCAGGUGAUGACACCAGAGCCUGGGGUCCUCCAUUUGUAGGAGCAGAGAGCACCUAUUUCCUAAGCGUGAACCGAAACAAAAAAAGUAUUUCUGUGGACCUGAAGCAUCCCAGAGGUGCGGCCGUCAUCCAGGAGCUUGCAGGAGUGUGUGAUGUGCUGGUAGAAAACUACCUACCAGGGAAACUACAUCAGAUGGGUUUAGGAUACGAGCAGCUGAGCAGAGUGAACCCUCAACUCAUCUACUGCUCCAUAUCAGGUUAUGGACAGACUGGUCCUCGGUCUCAGAGUCCAGGCUACGACUCCAUUGCCUCUGCUGUGUCGGGGAUGAUGCACAUCACUGGGCCGGAGGAUGGUGAGCCAGUGCGUCCAGGCGUUGCCAUGACGGACCUGGCAACGGGACUGUAUGCACACGGAGCCAUCAUGGCCGCCCUGCUGCAACGACAGAAGACUGGGCGGGGAGUUCACAUCGACUGUAACCUGCUGUCUUCACAGGUUUCCUGUCUCAGCCAUAUUGCUGCUAACUAUCUGAACGCAGGGAAGGAGGCGAGGCGCUGGGGGACCGCCCACGAGAGCAUCGUACCUUAUCAGGGCUUCAAAACCAAAGACGGACACAUUGUGAUGGCUGCAGGCAACAACAAACAGUUUGUCAAAGUCUGUCAGGUUCUGCAGCUGAUGGAGCUCACAGACGAACCAAAGUACAAAACCAACAAGCUGAGAGUCCAAAACCGCCAACAGUUGCUGCACACACUCUCACAGAGGUUUCUGCAGGAGAAGACAGCUGAUUGGCUGAAGAGGUUUGAGGGCUCAGGUGUUCCUGUUGGGCCAAUCAACAGCAUUCAGGACGUGUUUUCUGAUUCACAGAGCCGCAUCUGCCUGGAGCAUCACCUGGCUGUGGUGCAUCCCAUGGUCUUCCUUCAGGUAACUCAAGUUAAAACCUCUCCAUUACAGAUUAGGGUGCUACAUGGUCAACUAGCUGCUGGUGCUGCUGUACUGCUUUGUACCCAUCUUACACUGUCAGAAAUGCAAUCAACAUACCUGGUCAUAUCAGAAUACCUGUUAUUCCUGGUGACGGAGACCGAGUCCGCAAGUCCCGGAACAACAUGAAAAGAAAGGCCAGUGAUUAUUCUGGUGUUCAAUGGCACCAUCCAGUUCCUCCAAGUCUUCAUGCUGGGUCCAUCACUGUGUCCAUCAGUGCAGGUCGCUCUGAAGGUCACAUUAGUCAACCUGGCCAUAAGCAUUGUCGGUGGGUUCAUCACUCCGCUGCUGUACCCCACAUAGCCGCAAAACUGGCCUGCAUCAAGUUCUGAGUUUGGUUUAACUGCUCCUUAGAAAUGUAAGGAAAAUGCUGACUCAUUAUCUGUGAUGUCACCUGUCAGGGUCCUGAAGGAACAGAUGAAGUCUAGGAUUACCACUCACUGCUCACUCUUUGUUAAUAGCUGUAGAGACUGAAGACUGUAUAAAAGGAACUCUGCAGUGCUAAGUGAGAGAGCUGUCAACACAAACAAACCACCAACCUAGCAGGCUGUGCUCAUUCACUGCUUGUACGAAUACCUACGAAAAGUAACGUACCAGAAUUCAUACAUAACCCAUGUAAUUGUAAAGGCUGCAAUUAUGGAGCAAUGAGCAACCAUGUUUUUUUUUCCCUAAAGCUAUCGUACAAACCUUUACAUAAUGUUACUUGCCUAAAUCUAACCUAUGCAGCUUAAAGUAAAGUACAUAACUUGACGAUGCCCAACCAUUAUUCUUUUCCAAGACCUAGCCUACGUAACUUUGGGUUAAGUAACUUACCUAAAUCUAACUUGCGUAACUUUAAGUAAAGUAAGGA